AUGUCUUUUCGCCCAGACAGCCCUGUCGAGCUUCCCAAUGGCCAUUUAGUGUGUGGCUCACAUCACCUAGUCGUCUGUCCUAUCUGCACUGUUGAUUAUAGUUUUAUGGAAGAAGUAUUAGAAGAAGAUCAAGACUCUCGCGAUGAAAACAUAAGCGACGAGGAGAGACCAUUCGACGAGGAAAGUCUAUCUGACGAGUCAACAUUCGACAAAAAGACAGCAUUUGACAGUAUGACCCGACUUAGAGUCGGCACAGGACGCGUCAUUCCUACAAAGUUUCACCCGGAUAACACAAGGGAUACCCCGCAGUCACUUUUCCCAUCUGGUGUCAGCUAUAAUUCCUCACCAGCUGUAUGCCGGUUCAUUCAUCGAAACAACGCCAAACAAUUGCUUAUCUACACAGACGGUGCAUGUUUAGAUAACGGCGGAGCAAACCCCAAAGCCGGCUGUAGCUUUGUUUUCAAAUCUUCCACAAUACAGCCUGAAUAUCUUAGCUACGUACGCUUUCCUCUCGAAAACUCAGGGCCUACUGGUGAAGCGCAUCCGCAAACAAGCAACCGGGCAGAGCUACGCGCCGUUAUUGCAGCUUUACGAUUUCGGUUCUGGACAGGCGAAGGGUUCGACAGUCUCGUGAUCGCGACAGACUCCGAAUAUGUUGUCGAGGGUGUGACAUCUUGGGUACGUGGAUGGCUAUCGAGAGAUUGGAAGACGAAAAUAGGAGCAGCGGUUAAGAACCGGGACCUUUGGGAAUGCCUACUUGGAGAAAUAGAAAGAUGGGAUAGCAAUGGCAUGCAAGUCAAAUUCUGGCGUAUUCCAAGGAAUUGGAAUACAGAUGCGGACUAUCAUGCUAGACAUGCGGCUUCUGAAGAUACACGAGGCGACUUCGAAGAUCUCAAGGGCAUAAAUCUCUCAAGCCAUAUGGUUAUAUAUCAGGCCGUGCACUAA